AUGGCAGGAAUAGUACCAAAUCUUCAGGACAACGAUCAGCUGGAGCCGCUUAAUAACAAUUAUACUCUCAGAAACAAUAAAAUUGAGGCCAAGAGUGAAGAAUUCGUGGAAGAGGACGAACCUAAAGAGGUGAUAGUGAAGAGUCGGCGUAUAGAAUCUUUUGAAGUGCCUUCUGGAUUGCUGAUCGUUACCUACGAAGCAGGUCCCAAUAGUUACAAGUAUACUUUCGAGUUGAGGAGAAAAACCGAUGAUAGGACACUCCGACUAGAGCUUUCUUACUUUUUUCUAUGGUCAUUACAACAUUUCACAUAUAGAAUCAAUGAAAGUGGCGCUGUGCGUGAGGAAUCCGUGGAACUGGUCAAACCUGGAGAGCUGAUAGUGAAGGGUCAGCUCAUACAACAGUAUGCAUCGCCGUCCGGAAUUCUGACCGUUACCUACGAAGCAGGUCCCAAUGGCUAUGUGGCCAAGUACACUUUCGUGUCGACACAAGGUCAAGGAAUACCACCACUUGGGCUAAGUCCAAGCGCUUUGAAGGCAGUAACUGGCUAACCGAGUUAUCGACUUACAUAUUUUAUAAUUGAAAGAAAUUAAUAAAUUUAAAAUAUGGAUAAACAAUAAAUUGUCACACUCAAAAAAGA